UAUUUAAACUACAUUUUUUGUUUAGUUGAUGAACUUUGGAAUCCUGAGUGAUUGUAAUCAACAAACGGUGCAUCCUGAUCCCCUGAAAGAUGGUUUAGUGAUAGUGAGAUUCUAUAUUUGAAGGAGUGCUUCAGGACCAUGGCUAAUGUAUUUCUCAAUCAUUGCCAAUGUAACUUCAUGUCAAAUUGAGUGAUUUGUCGAGCCUAUCUGUUUAUAUUGG